ACAAUGGCAUUCUCUAAUGGAGAAGAAAGAAAACGGAAGGAGUAUCGUGAAGAUACUGAUGUGUAUCCGAGAUAUCUGGUGACACCGAACAAGAAGUAUAUUGAGCAUAGUCUAAAGUAUUUCUCAAAAAUGUUCAGCAAUGAGAGGUACACUGAUAUGUUGGGCAAUUUGUCAAGGCAGAUCUAUGAAUACUAUUUCGAUAAUUUGGAGGUAUGA